AUGGCUGUUGGAUUUGGCUUCUCUGUCACCGAUAUUUGUAUGGGACUGAAAAUCAUAAAGGAUUCCGUCAAUGCUCUUGAUGACGAAAAAGGUGCAGCGAAUGACUUGAGAGCGCUCGUUACGGAGCUCGAUAACCUUCGAGAAGGAUUAAGCGCUGUGCGGGAUUUGCUCGCGGAUGAGAGUCUACCUCAUGCUCAGCAUGUAGCGCUUGAACGAGCAGGAAACUCGUGCCAGAAGGCGAUCGAGGAAUUCCUUGUCUCAAUUGCCAAAUAUCAGCCAUUGCUCGAUACUGCGACCAAAGGUAUUGCCCAAAAGUUCCGGAAGAUCAGGUGGGGAUUGUGCCGAAAGGAAGAUGUUGCCAAUUUCCGCUCACAAAUUGAGCGUCACGCUUCUUCAAUCAGCAUGUUGCUUAUUUCUUUUCAAGCACGGCAAAGACUCAGGGGUGAUUCAUUAACGCAGAUUCCAGUAAUGACAGCAGAUAUGGGCGACCAUCUCUCAGAUAUGAUGCAGUCAAUGUCCCUGGAACAACGACAGUGCUUCAUGAUAAUCAUGCAGCAGAACAAAGACUUACUCAUGAAUCUCGAAGAGAUGCGAAAGAUGUUAUCCAUAGAGAGAGCGAUGCCAUCUCAAAUUCUCCUUCAACAGCCCGUGAUUCUUGUAGAUCCCUUUGGCAAGAAGGCACCCUUCCACUUAGAGUUUAUUGACUCACCUGAAUGCUUCAUGGCAGUUCUACAUGUCCGAUUCUCUAAGGCAGGCGUGAGUCCCGAAGGACUAGCCAAACUAGACAGGCAAGAAUUUUCCCUCGAAGACAGCCAAGGAAGACAGAAGGUAGACCUGCAAAAACCCUGGCGUCGAGCCUUCCGUCCUGGUCAGCAGGUAGAUAUGCGAAUGAUCUUUCAUCGCUUUUCAUGUGCUCCAAAUACCUGUCCCGGCUGUCUAAAUAUCAAUAACGAGGUUGAGGAUGAUGAUGAAACCGAAUGGUCAACAUGCGGGUUAUUCUACCUCAAGUACGAAGCCAUCACUAAAGAGUCUGAGAACUGGGAUCUGCAUAGAAAUCAGCAUCUUGACGUACAAAUGGAUGGUCAGCAGACACCCUACAUUCUCAGUCAUCCUAGAAGAGGGUCUGAACUUAAGACAUUUAUACCACCGGACGAAGCGGAGAAAGGCUCCUUCGACGGCUUUCGUCACGUCCAAAUAGUAUCUCAACCACUCUCGUUAUUGGACCCUCUAUUUCCCGCACUUCAACUGAUUGAAGACUUUUCACAUUUCGCAGACCUCUUAGCAGACGUCCCGAGUGACACGUCGCCAUUUCUCGACAAUAUCCAAUUCCUGAAUCAUCAGGCGAAGCAAUUCCUCUACGAGCGAGACAAUGAUUUCCCAGCUUUUGCUUCCUAUUCUCAGAUUCAAGAGAGAAAGACUCGUCUUACGCAAGAAUCUUUGUCUCUGAGACACUACAUUAAUACACUUAUAACAAGUUUAUGCAACGAUACAUCCACCAAACAAUUGGUGGCAUUCAUCGCGAAAGGUUAG